AUGGGGGGGAACCACCCCAUAUUGGCGAUUUCUUCUCAGACGAACGGGGCUAGGUGUUCCCACCACUCGGAGUGCUACAGCAACUGCUGUCUCAUCAACUUGGACCACGGUGCCUUCUGUGUCCCUAGGGCCAGAAUAACCAUGAUGUGCUUGCCCCAAACCAAGGGCGCCAUGACCAUCAUAUGCCCCGGCCAAGUAGGCUUAAGUUGCAUACACAAGGACCCAGUCUGUACCCGCCGGUGCCAUUUGAUUUAG